CCCAGUGAUGUCAAAUGAAGCAAGGACACAUCACAGUGUAACAGUGUAACAGUGUGUUAUGUGGUGUUGAUGAUGCUGCGCUAAGAUUCAUCUCAUCACAGCAGCGGAUGCUCGGUACAUGCGCCCAGCGCAGCGCGAGCAGAAUCCGACCGCGUUCUUAAAGGCGCAGCGAUACACCUUCGUUCGUCCCCGGGCUCGUGCGUCACACCGAGGUCCCCCUCACAUCUGGAUAGACGCUCGUACACUGACACCGAAUCGACCGAUACGGCAUCGAUGCGCACGGCGGACCGCGGGGAAACACUCGACGUUUGACGCGUUCGGCGAAAACACGGGAGCGGACGGUGACCAGCGCCUCUGUCCAGGGUGCUGCGGGGUUUUCCCUCAUCCAUCGCGUUCCAAAUCCCCGUUUGGGUGGAGUCGACCCCGUUUUUCCUGAUCUACUGAAGUCUGACCAGUGACACAAUUCAGGACACAAUCAUGAAGGAUGGAAUGGCCAAUAACAGCACAGCGAGCAUCUCUCAUGCCCGGAAGGCCGUCGAGCAGCUCAAGAUGGAAGCCUGCAUGGACCGGAUAAAGGUGUCCAAGGCGGCGGCAGAUCUGAUGGCGUACUGUGACGCUCACAUACGAGAGGACCCGCUCAUCGUCCCCGUGCCGGCGUCAGAAAACCCCUUCAGAGAGAAGAAGUUCUUCUGCACCAUCCUCUGAGGCCGGGCCGCGUCACAGGUGGUGAUUCUGUGUUCCCGGCUGCUGCCCUUGAGCUGUGUUUGAACGGCAGUCACAUCUGUUGAUGGAUCCGAUCCCUCCUGAAGGCCUGUGGGGGGGUUUGGGGUGGGCGGUCAUUUAACUGGCAACCCAGUCUGAGCGUUUCACGUCUCGUUUCAUAGGUUUGUUAUUGCUUCGUAUUUUAGAGAACAGCCUUUCUCACUGCUUACGACGUGAGAGAGUUUUGUGUUUCGUUUUGCUUCUCUGAGGAUCUUUGAAGAGCCGCCAUUUUGAUAUUUAGACAUUUUGAUAAACCGACACCUUAUUUGAUGCACACUACCGGUCAAACGUUUGGACGCGGCUGACUUGAAUAGCUUUUCAUGCAGCUCAGAUACCGUUUCGCGUUUUAUGAAAAUGGUUUGGCAACCGCAGUAUUAUUCCCAUAUUUUGAGAUCACUCUUCUGAAAUGUGAAAAACGAUAAAGAACAAGUAGGCGUGUUCAAAUCUUCGGCUGGUAGUGUAUUUCUGUUUCAAUUUGAAUGACUUCCAUUCCAAUUCCAGUAUGAUCAUAUUUAGACUCUUUAGUGUAAAAUCAAACCAGAAGUGUUUGAAAAAGUCCUAAGCAGUUUCCAAAUAACAUUGUGACAAACAGACCAGGGCCCCUGUUCUUAAAGCCUCUAAGAAUCUUAGUGUGGAGGCGGGGCCGACCCCAUCUUUUGAAGACUGUGAUAGGUCGGUUGCCCAAUAAGGAAAAAAUUGCUCUUUUAAGUAUAGGAUUUAAGUAAAAACCAUUAGAUUGAAAUUACAGGUGUAUUUUUUUCUGUUUUACAGUGCUUACACACGCACUAUACAUAUAUAUUGUUUGUGUGAUCAUUUUGUUUUUAGAAUGUUGUGACUGCUGCAUCAUCACAUUUUUCCAGCCGCCGAACGUGUUAAUGCAGCUUUGGCAUUUCUGCGCUGUCUUGGAGAUGUUAGCGUGUCUCUAAUAAGAUCGCUCACAAACAUGAUCCCUACACAAUCUAUUGCCUUUUGUCUUAUUAACUCGCUGGUGUUCAAUUUUAUUUUAUUUUAUUUGAUACAAUUUGCAUUGCAUCAAAGCAGCUGUCCAAGAAAACCAAGAAAAAGACACACACGUAAAAAACUAAUCAAAUAAAAAAAAUCUGAUAAACCUUAAAAGUAAUAUGUAAAUUGUCGCGCACGUUUCUUCUCACUUUUCGUGAUUCGUCCACUUUCUCUGCUGCUAAAGAAACUCUUACGCCUCUUAAAAGUCCUCCUCGCCACUCCUAACAACUUUGGAGGUCUUUUAAAGGUUCGCUUUUUUUAACUAAGAUCUUUUCUUUAACUUAAGAGGUAAUUUUUGUCUAAUAUUGUCACCAGGAGCAACUCUUUGCACUAGGCUUUUUCAUGAAUACGGGCCCAGGUUUUGAUUCCUCGUGGAGAAAUAAGGGCGUCCAUUUUUAAAGCAUGUGAACUCAAUAUUUGUAAUACUAGAUUUUUUAUACCCCUGUCCAUCUGAGAACCAGUGCAAAUUCAGUUUUUAUUGAAAGAUGGCUCUCUGUGUUGCUGUCAGAAAUCAGUUCUGGAUCUGCAUCUGGUGCUGAAUGACGGUCAGAUUGUACAGAUGUGUUUAAUCUCAUGACCCAUCUGGCACACAUAGACUCCAGCGAGACGCACCUAACCACGAGAACUAACUCCAGUACACAGUUGAUUUCAAAUCACCAUGGUUUUGCGAAUCAUACGUCCUGAUUACUGUGAUAACACAUUUUGUUUAUCACAAAGUUAUUUGGAAGCUUCCCACAAUGCAAUAGGACGAUUUUAUUGUCUCGAUCACCUUGCUCCUAAUGAUAAUGAUUUAUUUCAGCAUCUCUGAAGGGCCUUACACGACUGGGCAUGUUUAUGAUAGAUCUUCAGUUGUUUUUUGCCUGUCCUGAUAUUAACAGCAAAGCCUUUGACUGAAAUGCCAAACGGAGAGGUUGCAUGUUUACCUGCUGUGUGUGUGUGUGUGUUCUCUAUGAGAGAUUGUGUGUGAAUAUCGAGAGGUCAUUUUUUGAGUGCCAAGUACUGUGACGAUGGCGUGUCCUCUACACUGUUAUUACACAGGCUUUUUCCUAUUUAAAACAAAAAAGCACAAUGUCAGAUGUUUUCUUUAUAUCACUGUAAUUUUAGUCUAGGCUUUAUGGAUUUAUACGAAUCAAAGUGUUAUUCUAUUAAUGCACAGCUCCUGAUGAGGUGUCGACUCUGUGUUCUGUAUUAAAGCCCCUUUAAAGUGAACACGGGCGGAUGGACGGUCAUCUUUUGCCGUCCAGGUUUGUGGCAGCAACUUGCAAAUAUCUGUAUAUCAAGUUAAAAGCGUGGAGACGUAAAUGCUAACUUCGCAUGAUACAGCAUUAUAGUUAGGUGUGUGUGUGGACUGGAUAUUUCACGAAUGAGUGACACACUUUCAAGGUUGUAUAAUGCUUAUAAUGCUCCAUGUGUUUCUUGAGAGUGAUGGUUUGUUGACGGUGGUUGGGCAAGUUUGUCUGCUAAAACAUCGAAAGAACGGAGCCCCAAUCAGUUCUACAAAAGUACAAAUAAAUUGCAAAAUGUAAACUGUCUUUGAAAUGAUCACUACUACUGUUAUCUAAACAAACAUAACUUGCAUGGACUGAAUACCUAUUAGAACUUUGAGAUACACUGUUAUUGAAUCAAUGCCUAAAUGUUUGGAUUUGUUGGUGCUUUUCUGCACUGUUCUCUUUUAGAAGUCUGAAUGUGUAGAUCUGUGCAGUUGUACAAAUAAAUAAACAUUUGAAAACUGUCUGCA